AUGUUUGGCGCCCACCAGAUUCUCGCCGUUUUUUGGUGCACAUUAGCCAUAUUCGGGAUGACAUUUGGAGCAGUUGGAGCACAACAAAAUGAGCAGCAAUUUUCGGACGGAGCACAGGAUUUGGCAGAAAUUAAUUAUGAUGAGGUUAGUUCGGCGGCGGGUCCCGGAAGGAAGGCAAUUCGGGUUACUGUAGAUUUUAGCGCGGGAAAUUUGGAGCAAUUUGGGAUACUGUAGCUCAAAAAAUGAGGAAAAACUAGCCUCUGAAGCCUUGGUUACUGUAGAACUGCAAGCGCCGGAAAAUGGAGCAAUUUGGGAUACUGUAGCUAAAAAAUCCACUACUGUAGAUCUAGAAAUUUGAAUUGAUCUGGGAUACUGUAGAUUUCUAAUCUAGGGAAUUGAGAAUUCGGGUUACUGUAGAUUUUUUUCGGGAAAUUUGAAGCAAUUUGGAUACUGUAGCUCGAAAAUUCCAGAAAAAUAGAUCAAAUUCAAAAAAUCCCAAUUUUUUUUUACAUAGAUUACUGUAGAUCUACAAAAUUCAAUGGGAUCUACAGUACUUCAAAAUUGAUUACUGUACUUCUAUUUGAGGGUACUGUAGAUUUUGGAUCUAGGAAAUUCAAUAUUCUGGGUUACUGUAGGGGAAAUUUGGGAUACUGUAGCUCAAAAAAUGAGGGAAAACUAGCUUCUGAAGCCUUGGUUACUGUAGAACUGCAAGAGUACUGUAGCAAUAUUUCUACAGUACUCGAGUUACUGUAGGUUUUCAUUUCAAAAAGGUCGGAACUUCGAGAAUUUCUUGUUAUAACUAACUAACCAUAAUAUAGUUUAGGAGUACUGUAGAUUUCCACCUGUAAAACUACAGUACCCCUAAACUAUAGUGUAGUGAAAAUUUCUAGAAAAAUUCUCAACUUUUUUUCCCAUCCUAACAGAGCAAUUUAUCAUUUUCCGGGGCAAUUUUUCAUUUCGAAAAAAAAAACAUGAAAAAUUUAUUGGGAAUUUUUUUCGGGGGGCCAAAAAUGGCUUAACAUGAGCAAUGCCUGGAUUUCAGGCUUUUCAUAAUUUAGGCAUAACUUUCAGGCCUUAAAAUUCAGCUUUUCAAAAACCAGGCCUAAAUUUAGACACGUGGAAUUCUAGGCUUCUCCUAAAAAUAAUUUUUCCAAAAAAAAAUCCAAUUUUCUAGAUUGCUCAUAUUAUAAAUGUAUAAAAGUCAUAAAUUUUUCCGCAACUAAAAAAUUGUGGGAAAAACAUUUUUUUUCUGAUUUUUUGAUUUUCUAGAAAAAAAAUCUGAAAUGGGACCUUUUUGCCACGUCAUAGGUCAAAAAAUUGAAUUCGAAACGAUACUCCGCGUUUACACCUCUAAAUUUGAGCGGGAAAUUUGCAAAAUUUGAGUAUUUUGACCCAAAAUUGAUUUACUCAGGCAGUAGAAAACUCCGGAGUUUCGCCGAAAUGGAACGAGAAUGUCGCUAAAAAGGCUCCAAACUCGGUUCCGGAUCUUUUCUCGGUACGCUUUGGCGAUUCUCCAGAGUUUUUUUGUUUUUGUCGCCUGCUUUUUUCGAAUACAUUCUAGUCUUUCACUCUCAAAAAUCAAUAUUUAUUUUCAACAAAAAGGAAAAAUUAGUUAUUUAAACUUAUUUUUUGAUUGUUCCAAUCUCCAAACGAGUAGAAUAUAGGCAUCAGAAGGUUCCUUUGGCAUUCUAAUGGAGAUUGGGUGUUGAAUUCGGCAAUCUUUUGACGAGAACUUCUGUUUUUUAUCAUUUUGAGCCAACGAUGAGAGACGCAGCACUGUGUGUGGAGACGCCAUAAGCCAUUUCAUGCUGAAAAUUGAGAAAGGAUAAUAGAUUUAUAAGGAUGAUUCUCCAAGAGUAUUAUUAAUCGUAAUUUCUCACUUUGAAAUUGUGAACGACCUUUUUGAGAUAGGAUGUGAUAAUGGUCAUAAACUUGAAAUUUGAAAACUUUCAAAGCUCAAAAACUCGAAAAACAAACGUUCAUCGAUUUUCUUUCUCAUGACUCACCUCAUAAAUAGAAUACAUCUGGUGAUUCACGAUUUUGGAAAUAUUGCAAGGCGAUCCUCCAGAAAUGAAAAUUGAACGAGCCUCUGCUUUCGAAUUCUCCUAGCACGAGGGAUUCCAAUUGAAUCUAUAAAUAAAACUAGUAUUCACUUUUGUUGAAGACACUUCACUCACCAGGAGCAAAAAUCGCUAAUUUUAUUCUAAGUCCAGGCCGACUUUUAUCCAUGACGAUUUUGUAGGACGCACAUUGUUUCUAGACGAUUUCAUUUGUCUGAAAAUUAUCAAAUUAGGCAAAGACACUCUGAAAACUGAGCAAUUUUGAAGAAAUAGCAAAAACUAGAAAACCGAAAAAAAUAAAUGAAAUGAAAAAAUGACUCGUCAUUGUCAUCAUUCGAUGGAGCGCGUUCGAUCGACAGCGAUUUGCUCCGGAGAAUCGCCAAAACCAAACUAGAAAGGCGUGCCAAACUAGAAAAAACAGGCGCUCUCUCGAUUUUCUGUACCCACUUUGGCCUAUCUCCGGAGUUUUUGCGUUUUCUGGUCCCCCUCCGGAGUUUUCUACUGCCUGAGUAGGAUGAUGAAAAUUCAGGUUUUAAACGAUGCUCCGGGUUUACACCGUCAAUUUUCAAGCGGGAAAUUUGAAUAAUUUGAAUUUUUUUUCUGAAAAAAACUUUGCCACGUCAUAGGUCAAAAAAAAAUUUCCAAAAAAAAAAAGAAUCUUUUUUUGCUCCGGAAAUACCAGUUUCCAGUUGAUUUGACUUUUAAAAAAUUCGCCAAAUUUUUUCGGCGAAAAAAAGUUUCACCAAAAAAAUUGCUCAUUGAAAUGUGAAAGUGUGGGUUGACCGAGAAAAAAAAUUAGGAAAAAAAAUUUUUUUGAAAAAAUUUGGGACAUUGCUUAUAUUAGCAAGGUUUUUACAAGAAAAUUCGAAAAAAUUUGAAUUUAUACAUUUCCCGCUUUAAAACUACAGGUGUAAACGCGGAGUAUCGUUUAAAAUUCUAUUUUCAUCAUUUUUGGUCAGAAAAUUUGAAUUUUUUAAUUUGCCCGCUUGAAAAUUGAAGGUGUAAACCCGGAGCAUCGUUUAAAACCUAAUUUUCAUCAUUUUUGGUCAGAAAAUUUGAAUUUUUCAAAUUUCGCGCUUGAAAACUACAGGUGUAAACGCGGAGCAUCGUUUAAUAAUCAAUUUUCAUCAUUUUUGGUCAGAAAAUUUGAAUUUUCCAAAUUUCCCGCUUGAAAACUAUAGGUGUAAACCCGGAGCAUCGUUUAAAACCGAAUUUUCAUCAUUUUCGGUCAAAAUUCAUCAUUUCUGCCCGGAUUUUGACGAAAAAUUCGAAUUUCCCGCCCAAAAAUCACAGGGCGUAAUCGCGGAGCAUCGUUAAUUCUUUCAGCCCCUCUACAUGCCGUCAAUCAUUCUGAAACGCGACUCGUUGCCUCCAAAUCUUCGCGGUUUGCGCGGCAAACGUUUGGCGAGCAUCAAAGGGCUGCGCGGAAAACGUGCCGGACGCUUUCCGCUUCCAAGUUCCGCUAACUACAACAACUAUUUUUAA